AAAUGGGUCCACGAAGUUAUUCGGCCGAUAGCAGCAGAAUUGGAGUUCUUUAUGCCACAGCCCUUCGCGGGGGAAAUUCGGGGACUGUGCAAAGCACUGGGAAUAAGUCUUGGAGAUGGAGUCCUGCUUAACUUUGCCUAUGAAUCUACUGCGUUCUGUACUAGUAUUGUUGCUCAGGAUGACAAAGGAAACAUUUACCAUGGUCGGAACCUGGAUUACGAUUUUGUUGAUAUAUUAAGCAAGAUUACAAUUGAUGUGCGGUUUAUAAAAAGUGGGCAGAUAGCAUAUCAAGGCACCACAUUUCUUGGUUACGUAGGCUUAUGGACUGGACAAAGCCCACACAAGUUCACAAUCUCCGGUGAUGAACGAG